GCACCGAUAUUCUCAAGUAUGGCUACUGGAUUGAUUCAUUUCCCRGCCUGCAAUUUGUGCUUCAAGGACAAAGAUCCAGUGCCCGUAUUUAUUGGUCGAAGAUGGAGGGCUCAGCAGCGCCUGGAGGCUCUUCAGCGGCUUGCUGUAGGUCGGUCUUCUCUUCAGUUACCUCAGGUUGUGUAUGAAGAUCCUGAAGUUCGUGGAAGAAAUCGCUACAAGUAUUUUGUAAGACCUCUCACCACUUCUAAGAAGCUGCCUUCAGCAGAUGUUCCAAAAGAUGUUGCUUAUAAACAGACAGAGGUGCGUCUCCAGUCAGCUGAAGGAGGCAGCCUGGUCUUUGAGGCCAUGUUCAGAACUCUGGGGAUACAAACAGAUUACAGGGAUGGUGAAGCACAGACAGAUCCCUAUUCCCCUGAAUAUAUMGUUCGCAGUGGCUCAGUCCCUGAAAUUCUGGCACUUGCUACACUAACUUGGGGUCGGGGGCUGCCAGCAGGACCAGCCGAGCUGGAGAUUAUUGACCGCAUCCGGGAAAAACGUGCUUGGGAGGCAGCUCUUCCACCCAUGGACAGUCCUGCAAACAUCGCAAAGCGGCUGGAGAUGAUGGAGUAUAUGGAAAGGAAGGAGUGGGCCUACAGAGAAGAGGAAAUAGAUAAGUUGCAGAAGGUUCAACUGGAAGUCUUUAAGGAGCUGCUGCGGAGACGAGAGGAGAAUCAGAAUGAGGUGAAUGACAUGCGCUUGUACAACCACUGGCACAAUCAUCAGAAGGCUAAAGAAGAGAAAAUAAGAAAGAUUCAGCAUGACUGUGCAAUGAUGCUCAGGAAAUUGAUAGCUAAGAGGAAGAAUGUUAUGGGAAAGCAGRGGAGACGAGAUAUCAUCAAAGAGUAUAAUGACUUUUCAUCACAAGUAUAUGCUCCUUUGUCUAGAAUUGGGUUUUUCCCAGACAAAAGUUCUGACGGCUAUGCGGUGAAUAACUUCUAUCUUAACACCUUUGCAGGAUUGUGUGAACUGGAACAAUCUGUCUCCCAGCUCAAGAUUAAAGCUCCAAAACCUAAAUGCAAUAUCACAAAGACUGGCUAUGUUACAAGGGCAGGAAGGCUAGAGGUAGUCUUGGCACAGGUUCACCAGGCCCUACUGGAGAGGAAGAAUAAAGCCAAGAAGCGAAAGCCACCUCCCCCUGUCUCUGAAAAAGCAGAAACCCCUGUUCCUAAGCCACCCACUCUAAUCCUGGAAAAAUCAUCAAUUGAGGAAGAGGAAACAGAGCUGGCAGUGAUCUGUCUGCAGAAGUUGCUCCGAGGCAGAGCUCUUCAGAACAUGAUGUUUGAAGGGAAGGAGAAGCGCCUGGAUCUGAUCCAAGAGCUGCGCACCACUCAUGCACUYCAGGAAGAUGGACAGCUGCUCUUGAAGGCACAGAAGCAAAUGACACUGUCUUUACAGCGACAGCAUGACUCACAAAUGCACCAGCUGUCAUCGCUGGAGAGAGACUUGGCCACUUUAGAAGGAAGGACACUGGCAAACAUACUGGAUUUUCUGUCCAAAGAGCUGCUGAGGCUGCAGGAGGAGGCAAAGAUGCGUGCUUUGGUCACGCUGGCAGAGAGGGAGAGGCGGAUGCGGGAAGCACAGGAGAGCGGMCGUCGUCAGCUGGAAGAGCUGCGGAGGCAUGAGGAAGAUGAGAUUUUCAAACAGGUGGUGAAAAUUCAGAACAAAACUAUUGACACCUACUUGGAAGAUGUUAUCCUGAGUAGCAUGGAGAGGACAGCUGAAGAACAAGCCAGGGAAGAGGUUCAGAAAAGAGCUGUAGAAAUCAAUGACAUUGCUUAUGAAAUGGAAAAUCGUCGGACUCGCCUACAGUCAGAAGAGAUUGUAGCAGAGCUGGUUUAUAAUUUCCUGAUCCCAGAAGCUGAGAAAAGCUUUAUGCGAGAAAGAGUGAGGCAGUCCCAAAGAAAACACAUCUACGCUGCUCAUCGGAUCAUCCACGGGGGMACAGAGGGGAUUCUGGUGGAUCCAGCACUGCUUCAGGAGGCAUCUGGCAGCAGGACAGAGGGACAGCCUCCUGUUGGGACAGACAGCACAGCUCUGAGUGGGACAGCAGCUGACAGUGCACCUGAACUUGGAGAAGGAGWCACAGAGGAUCCCACAGGCUCCUAGAGAAAAAGAAGAGUGAGGUGAGUUUCCCUUCCCCCCUGUUAUUUGAAUCUGGAGCAUGGUGAAGGAGAGGAAAGCACAUGAUAUUUACUUUUUCAGGGCACCCAGAAUGGAAAAUCCUCUCUUUCCCUUGGGCUGUCCCUCCUGCUGCCUGCCAGCAGUGUUGUCCUGGAACCAUUCUGUAUAUAUUUUGGUGUGGCAGCUCCCUCCACUCCCUCCCCAUCUUGCUUUGGACUUGAUCAGCUAUUUUUUUCUCUUCUGAUUGUUUAGAGAAGCUUAAGUGAGAAAGCAAUGUUAGCAUUCCUUGUUUGUUUUCCUGGCAYAGACCAAUAAAAAUCUGCACCUGGGCUUUUGGUGAUAUUUUCUUGCAUCAAUAACAUUAAAUGGAAAAAUACCCCAUAAGUGGGAAAUUCUGAGUUGAGACCAUCCACAGACAAGUGUGUCYCACUGAUUUCCUUAGUGGUGUAAGGCCAAGUGGCUUCCUGCAUCAGGACUGCUAUUAAUAAAGCMCUGGAGUUGAAUAAAAACAGUCAGAUUUUGCAUCAUCUUUUCACAUCAUUAGUCCUGGGACAAAGAAAAGAGCUCAAGGCUUGCUCAGCUCUCCAGCACUCACCUGUCAGAAUC